UUAAAGUAUUAUCUAAAACAGUGCGCUAUGCUUAUUUAAUACAAUAUGGAGACAAACAACAUCGAUUUUUCGACUGGUUCACCGCCAAAUAAUCACAUUGAAGCCACAGAUUACAAUUUACAUUUUGCAACAUGGAAUCUGGAAUAUUUAAAGAAUGCCGCAAUGCAGCUGCAGUUAGUGAGACCAAGGAGUUUAGCUUGGGCCAUCAUGUUGAAUGCCCUCCCUUCACCUUCAAGUGAUAUUAUCAGCAGUAUUAAAGCACACAGGAACUUCUAUAGUGACCUAAGAGAGAAGCUGUCAAUGGACCCUCGAGCUGUCAUUGAUGAUGAUCCACUCUCACAGAAUGAAGAGAGUGCAUGGAAACAACACUUCUGUGACAAUGAGCUGAAGGCUCUAAUACUCCAAGAUGUUGUCCGAACCUAUCCAGAAGAAGUAUACUUUAGAGAUAAAGAUGUUCAGGAUUUAAUGGUGCGUGUUCUAUUUUUCUGGGCUCGAUCUCACUCAGUGGGCUAUAGACAAGGUAUGCAUGAAAUUUUAGCUCCGUUGUUGUUUGAGUUACACGGAGAUAGGAAAUAUGCACCAGAUGAUAUCAGUGAUACACUCAAAUGUUAUUUAGACAAGGAUUAUUUGGAACAUGAUAGUCAUAUGUUGUUCAAUGCUGUAAUGAAAGGUGUGGAGAGGUUUUACACAACGGGUGAGGUUGUGCCGAGCUCGUGCGGCAGGUUGCCCACAUCAACAUCCAUACAUAAUCAAAAUGAAGUGGUGAGAUAUUUGGAAAGAGUAAAAGAUGAGUACUUAGCGCCAUUGGACAAUGAGCUGGCAACACAUUUGGCUAAAUGUAACAUAUCUAUGGAACUAUUUGGAAUUCGGUGGCUGCGGCUGUUGUUCGGGCGGGAGUUCCCGCGCUCUGAGAUACCACAUCUGUGGGGGUUCAUCUUCGCGGAUGGACCAGUUCUGCCAAACCUUCAUUACAUCAUAGUCGCCUUGUUAAUCUCUAUGAAGAGCUCACUGCUGGAGGCGGAGGAUGGCGCGGCGUUGUCCACACUGAUGCGUCCUGCGCGUGCGCCGGUCACCUAUGUGUGUGCGCUGGCCCUGCAUCUGCGUCAUCCUCGUCUGCCGCGCCCACGCACGCCCACGCCCACGCCCACGCCGCCCCCCACUCCGCCCACUGCGCCCACUGCGACCACACAUGUAUCGUCAUGGGAACGCAAUCGGUAUGAACGGCUGGAGUACUUUGGGGGUGUGGGGGCGGGGCUGGGGGUGGGGCUGGGGGCGGAGUCUAGCUCCGAAGGGUCAGAGGGUGUGGCGGAGGGUGGGGACGUGGCGAGGUCGCUGGCGGCACUUGCGUUGCUGCGCGCGCGUCUCCCGCCCGCAGCAGCCGCACUCGCAGCCGCACUGCCUCGCGCCCCGCCCGCAGCAGUACUACCUCUCAAACAGAUAUUACAGUUGGCAGCUCUACUUCAGUGCCGCAAUCAUGACCUGAUAGAUGUGGAGACAGCACUGGAAGCAGCUGAGAACCAGUCCCCUGACGCGGUGGGCCAGCACCAGAUAGUACCCGUCAGGGUGCAGCCUCAGCGCCCGCGCCAGCUCCGACAGCAGCGCAAGGUCAAGGAAGUACCUCUGAAAGUCUUCCACCAGGUCGAGUGCCAGCAACCCUCAGACCUCCCAUUCUUAGACCCAUUACGACUAAGGACAGAGUGACUACGACGCAAAAUCAUGCUCUAUAGUUAUUAUCAUUGAAUUAUCGUGCUGUGAAAUUGUCUAUGGUCGAACCAAUAGUAUGAUAUUUUGUAUUAAAAUCUGUGUAUUUAAUUAGUUUUAA